CCGAAGCGUUGAUUUUCCUGCUCCUUGGAAGCUGCCUGACUUGCUGUGCUUUUCCAGCAACACACUCUCAACAAUGAAAAUGGAAGAUGUUAGACUAUCAACUCAGUUGAAGUAUAACUGAAGAGGCAAAUAACUCAGAAGACGAACAAAGGCAGGAGAGUCCAGAGAUCUGAGACUAGCCAGCUGCUUCAUAAUGAUGUGUGCUCCAUCUAAGGCUGCAAUACUGUGGAAAGAUUGCUCUCUGGAGCCAGAAGUGAUCAUCACCAUCAGGAGGAGAAAAAAAGAACAAUCAGAGGGAAAAAAAAAUCUUAUCCCAGCACAACUGAUCAAAUCAAUGGCAAAAAUAGGAAAUAAGUUACAAAUUUUAACAGCGUUAAAAUUGUGGACACUUCCAUCGUCAUUGUAAAGGUCAUAAAUUUACUCUUUAAAAUAGUAAAGAGCCUGUCUUUGAAGAAACCUUUUCCAAGGUUGCUCUCCCGGUCUAAUGAGCCAAUCAAAAAACACUACAUCCACCUGUUCAGUGAGAGUAGGAUACCCCAGAGCUAAGUUAAACUGUAGUGUUGGAGACAGUCUAACACUGAAUUGUACAGUUCUGUUCUGCCCUCAAGAUCUUCUUGUGACUUACUGGUGUAAGAUACUUAUGAACACCUGUCAGCGACUGAAUAGUUCAAAGAAUCAGCAGCUCAAUUCACAUUCUUCUGAAAACACUGAAAGAAUGUUACUAGUGGUUUUCACAGUCCCUUCUGUUACCUUGGCCGACAGUGGCAGAUAUUCCUGUCAUGCUCAACAAAAUGGUGUGGAAUCACAGGGACACUCGAUUAUUGUGAACGUAUUUGAAAAUACAAAAACUGCCUGCUCUCUCUCGAUACUGCACCAGAGGGCAGUUUUUAAUUACAGUGUUGGAGAUAGUCUAACCUUGAAUUGUACAGUUCAGUUCUGUGUUAAUGAAGUACAACUGCCUGAGGCUCACUGGUGUAAGAUGUAUGGAAAUCUUUGUCAGCCAGUGACUGGAAGGACUCAUUAUCCAAACAUAAGCUAUUCUCUUCAGGACAGGGAAAUGAAGAUGUCAGUGAUACACACUGUUACUCAUGUUGAGCUGAGUACAAGCGGCUUUUACCAGUGUCAAGCAACACAAGGAGCUGUAACCACAGUGGGCCAGCUUGUUCGUGUAAAUGUGACAGAAGGUUCACCAACACAUUCUGUGUGGAGGUGGUACAACAUCGGCAGAUGGGUCGCAUUUGGUUUGAUGGCCAUGAUGCCUAUAUCAUUGUGUAUCCUGGGGUGUGGCUAAGGACAAUAUUCAGUUGACAUCACCACUGAUCCUUGCUGUUCUCUACAAUUCAUCAACCAUUGGUAGCUCCAAAAGGAACAACAUCUGGCCACGACAUAUCCCACAAGCAAAACCACACUGAAGCAGCACUCUUCAGACAGCCCAGCAUUCAAUACGACCUUAUUAAUUAAAAUUCACAGAAAGAUUUCAUGCUAGCAAGAACACAGGCUAUAGCAAUUAUGCAGAAUCGUAUCUUCUUGUAGAGAAAACAGAUUAUGGAGUGGAUUUUACGUGCCGCUGCUAAUACAUCUAAAGGCAAUUAUGCUGAUGGUGGUGCUGGUACUGUCAUAAAAUUCAGCUUGAUGUUUGUCUCUUUUUGUUUCAUAAUAAAU